UCUUUUUCGUCAGCUGCCCUGCAGGCGCAAAGAAAGAAGCCUGGAAUCUCCCAUUUUCUUUUGUCUCGUGGAAUAUGCCAGCUCACCAAUUUUGGGGCCCUACUGCUGCUUCAUGAAAUACAUCUAUUAGCCUGAACUAGGCCAGGCUAAUUAAGGCAGCUGCCAACAGGACUAUUGUUGAUAUAUAGCCAGGGCCCUUUGUCUCCAAUCCAUCCAAAGCAAUGUCAGUGGCAAUAGCAUAGUCAGCCUCAAAUUUGUGCUGCUACCACCUGAGAUUCCAGGCUAUGUUUCCACAGCCCCUUGUUCCUUUAGGGACAAGAGCUAAAGAGAUGGGGGUGUCUUCAAUGCAUCGGAUUACCUUGUCUGCCAAGAAUCGUUCUCGUGGUAACACUAUGCUGCUGCCUUCCAUGUUGAUGUUUGGUGUAAUUGUGGCAUCUAGUGGCUUACUCCUCAUGAUUGAGAAGGGAAUUUUGGCUGAGAUGAAGCCUCCACCCCUCCACCCCUCUACUAAAGAACUGUUUUGGAGAAGAGCUGGCAGUAGAACAGCAGGAGAUAUGGAUUAUCAAGUGCUGCAGGAUAUCCGAAAUAGGACAAUCCAUACCAUUUGCAGACAAAAAAACAUGCCUCGCACCAUUUGGGAUCUAUCAGCAGGCCAGAGAAGGACAGUGCUCAAACAUAUCCUGGUUAGUGACAAACAUCGCUUUUUAUAUUGUUAUGUUCCCAAAGUGGCUUGCUCCAACUGGAAACGAAUUUUGAAAGUUUUAGACGGUGUGUUGGAGAAUAUAGAUGUUAAACUUAAGAUGGAUCACAAAAAAGAUUUAAUUUUUUUAAAUGACAUGAAAUCAGAUGAGAUUCGAUAUCGAUUAAACCACUACUUCAAAUUUGUGUUUGUCAGAGACCCAAUGGAAAGACUUUUGUCUGCUUAUAGGAAUAAAUUUGGUGAGAUUAAAGAAUAUCAGUUAAAAUAUGGUAUAGAAAUAGUCAAAAGGUAUAGGAAAAACCCUGGAAAAAGCAUGGGGGAUGAUGUCACCUUUUCUGAAUUUCUCCGGUAUCUCUUAGAUGAAGAAACAGAAAAAAUGAAUGAACAUUGGAUGCCAAUUUACAACCUGUGUCAACCCUGUGCUAUAAAGUAUGAUUUCAUAGGAUCCUAUGGGAGACUUGAAGAAGAUGCCAAUUUUGUUCUUGAAAGGGUACAAGCACCAUCCUUUAUACAUUUCCCAGAAAGGCAAGCAUGGUAUAAGCCUAUAAGUCCAGAAACUCUGCAUUAUUAUAUGUGUAAUACUCCAAGAGAACUUAUAAAAGAGCUAUUACCAAAAUAUAUUCUGGAUUUCUCUUUAUUUGCAUAUUCUCUUCCAAAUGUUACUAGUCAGUUUUGCCAACAAUGAAAGUUUCUUUUGUGAAGCAAAUUGUGUGUCCUAUGCAAUUUUUCUAAUUUUAUAGUUUCCUUUUAAUACUUUUGAUACAUUAUUAGUUUACUAUACGUGCUAUCUUUUAAAAAAGCUUUAAAUUUUAUACUACAUACAUACAUAUAUAUAUAUAUACACACAUAUAUAAUACAUACACUAUUGAACUAAGCACAGUAUGUUUAUUUGAACAGUUACUUUUGUGUACAUUAGAAACAAGGCAUUUUUGUAAAUAAUUGUGAAACGGCAACCAUAGGACAGUAAAGUAAAACAGCAGAAAGUACAAAAACUAGGCUUGUAAAGAGGGCUCAGAAAAACCUUAUGAGUGUGCACCAUUUCACUUUCACUGAUACAAAUGUGAAGGCAGCAGUUUCAUACAAUAUUACAUUAAAAUAGUGGCAUAGGAUUUUAAGAUGGCUAAUGUAGCUAUUAAGGCAGAUAGCAGCCUUAUAGUAUUUUUUGAAACAACCUGUUUGUUAGAUAUGCUUCCAUAUAACAAGCAGAUCAGGAUUUAAAUUAUAUACAAUUUACAUAAUGGCUCAAAAUAUUUAUCAACACUUGUCUGAGCACUAAAAUAUAGGAAAGGACAUUAAUAUAGCUGGUUGAAAUGAUCAGCAAAAUUUGAUUAUUUAAAAUGCAGAAUACUGUUUUCACAAUGUUUUGAAGGGAUGGGUAGGAAAGGUAAAGGUAUGAGUUUAUAUAUGCAAUUCAAAUAAUGUGUAGCUAUAUGUACUUUAGAUUGCCAUAAUGGACAUUGUAUUUUUCUUACUGUGAUAGUUUUGUAGGCUACCAUGAUACUUUUUAUUUCCUUAUUGAAUGUAAACUUGGUGUGCUUUAUUUGUGAAAGAAAAAUUGUAAUCUUAUUUCAGGAUGUACUUCUGAUAAACUGUUACAAUUUUGUUAAGCAGCCUAAUUUUUCAGAUCAUUUGUUAAAUUCUGAUUACCUAAAUCCUUGAUUGUUUAUGACAUCAGCAUCAUCAUUUCAUUCCCUAGAAAGAGUAAAGCAAUUUAUUUUUGCACAUGAGGUUGCACACUGGUCAUGUGUAUCACAUGAACUACCUUUGCCAGAAAAACAAGACUAUUGUCAGAUACAACAGUAGAGGAUACUCGUAUAAUACUCAAUAUUUUGUGGAUGGAGUGGAGAACUCCCAUCUUUUGCUUCAAGCAAGACAAAGUCUAGAAUUAACAAACUCAAUAGUUUUAAUUUUCAGAUGGUCAUACUUUUUCCCUUUUUUAAAAAAAAUGUAAUUAUUUACUUGGAUAUUGUAUUUUGCCCUUUACUGUGCAUUUUGAAGUAAAAAUAAAAACCCACCAUUAUAAUUUGAAAGGAGAUUCUUCCAAUCUUUUAUCUUUGUUCAACUAGUUGUUUAGAUACAGUGAUUAGAAAUUAAAUAAACUAUGUGGUGAAAUGCAUGUGGAAUAUGCCUAGUUCACUGAAUCAUUGCUGGUCAACAGCAUAGGCCCACCCAUGUCUGAAGUCCUUGCGAAAAAUGUUUUACCUACUAUCCAUGCACAACUGAAAAAAGCUCAUUUGAUCCUGGCAAGAUUUGUAUGCUCCAAUUUCCUUUGAUCACACAAUGUCAUCUCUCAGGACUCCAAAAGUUGUCUUCCCUGUAGUAAUGCCUGCCCUUUGGAAUGAGGUUCUCCAUUAGAUUCGGAUGAAACACAUUCUUCAAUUGUUUAGAACUAUUAGGAGCUGGCUCUUGACCCAGCCAUCUGCAAGGAAUGUUUGCCACUUUUUUUUAGAGUUUUGUUGUAAAUUACUGAGUAUCUUUGGGAAUCAGAGGGUAUGCAAAUUUAAUAAAUAAAAAUAAGACUAUCAUAUAAUCUUCUCUUGAGGCUAUUGGUCACAUUAGCUAUAUCAUUAGGAUCAUAAGUUCAAUUUCUAUGGAACACCAAAAAGUGGGACACAUUAAGUGUUGUGCAUAAACUCAGUUAAAAAGUAAAAAGAAUUGGUGUUCCUUGUAUCCAACUUCUAUCACAAAAUAUUUUUUCAUAGUCCAUAUAAGAAGAAAUGUUAUUCCAAUGAUUAUCGCUUUUUUAGCUGUAACUCCAAGUUGAAAAUGAUACUGUUAUGCAAAAUGAGAAUGGAUGCUUUUGAAAACAUGUUUCUAUGUUUCUUUGUCACAAUUUCAGAAUAUUAAAACUAACAACUAUUUUGCAACCAAUAUCCAAGUGGUUUGUGUAGUGAUGCAGAAGUUCAGAGAUAUAACAGUUUUAAUUCCAAAAUGAAUCCUUUAUUUUUAUUUUAAACUGAAAAUAAACAAAAGUAAAGCUUAUUUUUGUUAUUUCAAAACCUAUCAACAAUAUCUCAAAUCCCAUUAAAAUAUUUGGGCAACAAAAUAAUGGUUUUGUUGCUUUCUAACAAAAUAAACAGUUAAUAUUUUAAUGUAUUUAUUAGUGUUAUUGUAUAUGUAUAUAAACAUAGGCUGAUUAUAUGACAAUAAAAGUUCUACACAGUUAAAAGUACUAUAUAUUUGUUUUAACAAACACACAGUUCAAAUGCUAUGUAUAAAGGAUAUAUGUGUCUAUCAAACACUGUUUUCCAAAUUAAAUAGUUUCUGAUCAAUGAUUUCUCACCAUUAGUUUACAUUUUUAAUUCUUAUUCCCAAGAAUA